AUGGCAUCAUUGAAUGUUAAACUGCAGAAAUGUUUGCAAAACCGCCGCUCCACUAUCAACUGUCUGCCACAGGGUGUAGAGGGCAUUAAAACUUUCCCAUUUUCUCAGGAGAAAGCAGUCAAAGCUUGGACAUCUCUGGAGAAUCUUGACAGUCCAGGCCUCAAACCAGAGGGCCCCAAAGCAGAGGAAAACCAGAAACAGCAACAGGUCAUCAUUGUUAACGUUGGAGGAAAGGUGUUUCAUAUCCCCAAACAGUACGCAGCAAAAUAUCCUCAUACCAGGAUAGGCUCGUUGGCCCUGUGCAGUGACAGAGCUAAACUCCUAACACUAUGUGACGACUACUCUGUACGCAAGAAUGAGUUCUUCUUCGACAGGGACCCUGCAUUCUUCCACCACGUGUGCCAUUUCUACUCAAGCGGAGUUCUGUGGAUCAUACGGGAGAUGUGCCCCAUUAACUUUGAGGAGGAGAUUGCAUACUGGGGCCUGAGCCUGAAGGACACCCAGCUUUGCUGCUGGAUGAUGUUCCAGGAAAAGGUGGAGGACGUGAAGGAAAACCUUAAAGUGGACAGGGAGCUAAUGGCCGAGAUCGAGGUGAAGUACGACAAUGAACGUUUUAAAGACAUGGCCUUUGGGAGCACACGGAAGAUGCUGUGGAACCUUGUAGAGAACCCGUACUCUUCAAUGUCAGCCAAGGCUUUCACCGUGCUCUCCAACCUUCUUGUGCUGUUUUCCAUCCUUGCAAUGACUCUCAACACUGUGGAGGAACUUCAUGUGUAUCAGAUCAGUGGAAAAACGCACAUGGAAUGGGUGGAGAUCAUCACCAUUGUGUUCUUCACCUUUGAAUACCUAAUUCGCCUUUUCACCACUCCCAACAUUGUCAUCUUUUUAAAGAGCGGACUCAACUUUGUGGACAUGGUGGCAGUCAUGCCUUAUUUUUUUCAGAUUGUCUUUGAAGUCUUUUCUGACCAAGACAGCAUGAGCGCACAGGAAGACCUUAAGGCCAUGGCUCGAGUAAGCAAACUCAGCCAGGUCCUCAAAGUCAUCAAGCUGAUGAGGAUCUUUAGGAUACUGAAGCUUGCUCGACACUCCACGGGCAUGAGAGCGUUCGGCUUCACCCUGCGGCAGUGCUACCAGCAGGCCUGCUGUAUUCUUCUCUUUAUUGCCAUGGGAAUCUUCACUUUCUCUGCUCUCCUUCACUCAGCCGAGAGGGAGACUGAGGGAACUCCUAUCAGCAGCAUCCCACAUGCCUGGUGGUGGGCUGCAGUCAGCAUCUCCACUGUGGGCUAUGGCGAUGUGGUUCCUGUGACUAUUCUGGGUCGCUUUGUGGCCUUCGGCUGCAUCUCAUUUGGCAUCAUCCUAAACGGCAUGCCCAUCUCUUUCCUCUUCAACAAGUUCUCUGACUACUACUCCAAGCUAAAAGCCCAGGAGUACAACACCAUCUUAGUGCAGCGGCGCUUCCAUCUAAAGAAACGCCUCCGACGCAGAAUGGACAUUUGUUUUCAUCCCGCAGAGGAAGAAAGUACUGUUGCUGAGACCCCCUAUGAGUGCCCACACUGAGUGAAUCUCAAAACCAUCAUUUGUAGGUGUUUCACUUUGAGCAUGUUGCUGGGAAACUUUUAACUAAGUCUUCAUACUUGACAGUGUGUGAGGUAUGGAGCAGAGAAUCUGGCUCAAAUACAUGUUCAGAGGAUGUGGGUAAGAAAAAGGCAGGAAGAGGAAGUAGAUUUUGUUUGCACAGAUGUGUCACCAUCAGUCCUUUCAUUCACCAACAAUUUCUUAAACCGCAGGACAACUGUGAGCCCAGAUGAUUUUAAGCCACUUUAUUUAUGUUUUCUAUUCAAAUGAUACAGUCAAGUUGUACAGAAGGUGCAUUCUCAUGAUUUUAAGUGGACUUGGACCUAAAAUGUCUGAAUUUUGAACAAGAGUGCCUGUGAAUGAAUAAAAACAAUAGAAACAGA